CUCUCAUAGCUAGAGAGAGAGAGAGAGAGAGAGAGAGAGAGAGAAUUAGUGUAAAGAAACAAAAAAAAUGGGAGAUGUUCCUCGAGUGAAGCUUGGAAGCCAAGGCCUAGAGGUUUCUAAGUUGGGAUUUGGUUGCUCUGGCAUCACUGGAAUGUAUUACUCUUCUAUUUCAGAAGAGGUUGCCAUCUCUUUAGUCAAAUAUGCAUUCAACAAAGGAAUCACAUUCUUUGACACAGCUGAUGUUUAUGGACUUCAUGGUGCCAAUGAAAUCAUUGUUGGAAAGGCGCUCAAGGACUUACCACGAGAUCAAAUUCAGAUAGCCACAAAGUUUGGAAUUGUGAAAAUGGAACCAAAUAAUGUCAUAGUAAAUGGGACACCUCAAUAUGUUCGAUCUUGUUGUGAAGCUAGCCUCCAACGCCUUGGGGUAGAUUACAUCGAUCUCUAUUAUCAACACCGAGUUGACACCACAGUACCCAUUGAGGACACGAUGGGAGAGGUUAAAAAGUUGGUUGAAGAGGGAAAGAUAAAGUACAUAGGAUUAUCUGAAGCUAGUCCUGACACAAUCAGGAGGGCACAUGCUGUUCAUCCUAUUACUGCUGUUCAAAUGGAAUGGUCCCUUUGGACUCGUGAAAUUGAGCAAGAUAUUGUUCCACUUUGCAGGGAACUUGGAAUUGGAAUAGUACCAUACAGUCCUCUUGGCCGUGGAUUUUUUGCGGGCAAGGCUGUCACUGAAAGCAUACCUUCAAAUAGUUUUCUUGUUUCCCAUCCAAGGUUACAAGGAGAGAAUCUUGACAAGAACAAGAUCUUAUAUUCUAGGAUAGAAAAGUUGGCAGAGAAGCAUAAAUGUACAACUUCACAACUUGCUCUUGCAUGGAUUCUUCAUCAAGGAGACUAUGUGGUACCUAUCCCUGGAACAACCAAAACAAAGAAUGUAGAUUGUAAUGUGGAUUCAUUUGAAGUGAAGCUUAGCAAAGAUGAUUUGAGGGAGAUUACAGAUUCAAUCCCAAUAUCUGAGGUGGCAGGCGAUCGGAUUACUGAUAUUUAUGUUAAGUGCUCAUGGAAGUUUGCUAAUACUCCAUCAAAAGCAUAGCUUAAUUAAUAGUACUAAUACAAGUUAUACAAUUCAGAAAUUAAAUAAGAUAUAUCUUUAUCUAGGUUUUCUCACUACAUGAUCUAAACUUAUGUAGUUGACAGUUUUCCAAUGAAUAUAGGAAAUCAUUGUCAAUGAAAUGAACUCAUGGAGCCAAAUUGCCAAUGAAAUCAUGGUGCCAUGGUCAUUGUAACAACCCAUAUUUUUAAUAAACAAUUUACUCAUAAAAAAA